AUGACGGACGGCGAAAUUUACCUGCGCGUAAACGAGACAAUGGGACAAUUCUACAGACGCUGCACAAACUUGACUUACUUCGAUUGUAGCGAAGAGGAGAUGUUAUGGUGGAUGAUGGGGCCGAGGAGGCUUUCCCUACAUGAGAUAGUGCCGAUAUCGGUGGUGCUGCUGGUGAUAUUCGUGACCGGAGUGGCGGGCAACGCCGCGGUAUGCGUGGUUAUAGUACGCCACCCGGCCAUGCACACCGCCACCAACUACUACCUGUUCAGUUUGGCGCUGAGCGAUCUCCUCUUGCUGCUGUUCGGUGAGUAA